AUGCCUCACUCGACUACUCGUUGGUACACUACCACGCUCUCCACUACCCAAGAGAACAAUCUCAUCAGCUCAUCUCGACGUACAAAUGGGGCUGAGGAUAUUGUAAAUAGGGAGAAUUCACCUACACUCGAGCCGAGUCGAAUUACUCAUACGCUCACUACUCAGUGUACAACCAAAACUACACAUCGUCGAAAAUCUCAUUCUCAUAGGGACAGAGAUCGAGAUAGGGACCGAAUCCAUCCCCACCAUCAUCAUCAGCAUCACAGAGGAGUUACUACUCGACCUUACCACCUUUCAUUGGACAACCAAGGUAACACACCUAACCGAGGUACCACCAACAUGGCACCUAGUCCAAGAAGUCAAGGCAGCUCAACCGAAGAGACCGAUCGACAACUCGCUCAAGAUGCUCUGAUGCAGGAAAGCGCUAAAUGGAGUCUUGAAGAAAUCCAAGCUUAUCUCGAUAGGAUCGCGAUCGAUGAAUCCGAAACGAUUACUCGAGCUUGUCCUUCGCCAAUUCCAGACCAAACCUUACUUCUUUCCCCUUCGUCAAACUCGUCUUCUUCAUCGACCUUAGUUCCCCAGCCUGUAGCAGAAGAAGAAGAAGAAGAAGGGAACGGCCGAAGGGUUCGAUUCGACUUACCUGAAUCUAUAAACCCCAUGAGAUUGUUUCAACCUCAUUUCAAGGACCACCUGGGCGACAACAAGGUGACCAUCUUUGGUCAUGUGGCGAUUCAUCCUGGACCUGAUGAACUCUUUCAACGAUCACAAGAACCCGGUGCCACUACUCCUAUAACUUCUGCUACGAAGGAGGCAGAGAACAAACUCAAGGAAAAGGAUAGAGGUAAAACGUAUUUUCCCAAAUUGGAUGGACUAAGAUCUUUAACGGAAAUCAUCGGCAACCAUGAUCUUUCGAAAAGAAGAAAUGACAGAGUUACACUCCGGGAUGAUCUAACCAGCUCCGAAGAAAGACUUCGAGCUGAAACCAAGAGGUUGAAUGAUUAUCCAACUCAAGAAGAAGGUAGAAAAUUCAUUAUGGAUAUAAUCGAAAAUAGAUUAUCCGAAAUUGAUUAUAGGAUCCAACAUGAGAUGAACCGGGAUAAGAGAAAAAGGUAUAGGGAAUUGCAAUGGGAUUUGACAAAAUUGUUUACGGAGGUUAGGGAUACUCAUCAAGAUUAG